CGUGGAGCCCAGGCAGCGCGCUAACCCACGCCGGCGGGCGCGGGCGUUUUGCAAGGCGCCUCCGCCCGCAGGGCAGGAUCGUCCCGGCCGCAGGUGACCCGGCCGACAGAAGCGCAGGCACAGUCGUUCCCCGAACGGCCGAGCUAGACAAAGCGGUUGCCGCCAUGACAGAUCAGACCUACUGUGACCGCCUGGUCCAGGACACACCUUUCUUGACGGGCCAUGGGCGCCUAAGUGAGCAGCAGGUGGACAAGAUCAUCCUGCAGCUGAACCGCUACUACCCACAGAUUCUCACCAACAAAGAGGCUGAAAAGUUCCGGAACCCCAAGGCAGCUCUACGUAUACGGCUGUGCAACCUCCUGAGCCACCUGCAACGGAGCAGUGAGCGGGACUGCCAGGAAUUCUACCGUGCCCUGUACAUCCAUGCCCAGCCCCUGCACAGCUGCCUGCCUAGCCGGUACACCCUACAAAACUCAGAUGGCACAGAUCUAGACACAGGCACGGAGAGAUGGGAGCUGAGUGACAGGGGACCCCUGGGCUUCCUGGUCUGCCUUAGUGUGGCUGCAGGACUGGCCCUGUUCAUGUACUGCUGCCCUCCAGACCUCAAAGUCCUGCCCAAGUCCCGGCGUGUCCUUGGCUUCUCUCCUGUCAUCAUCGAGAGGCACGUCAGCCGCUAUCUGCUGACCUUCCUGGCAGGUGACUUGUGAAGUCCCUGACGCAGCCUCGAACACCGGACCCCUCCCACUGCUCAACCCAGAGGUGCCCACCAACCAACUACCUGGCCUGCUGGAGCUGCCCAGCCUGCUGAGACCGUCCUCUGCCAGUCUGCAGCCUACCUGUCCACCCACCGAGCGGAUGAGAGUGUUUCUUUUCUAAAGGCUCUAACGAUCGUUUCUGUGACUCACUUCGACCUUGUCUUAUGAAGGAACUGUAUGCUAUUAAAUGUCUGAGACUCCUCUGUGAA